AUUUCGCGAAACAGUGUGCUGAACGGGCGAGGAGUGUGAGGACGAUCGCAGCUGGUCUCACGCGGUGGUGUUCACGUUCUUCUUCGACGAUCCUCGUUAUUGGAGGUGAAAGUGACGAAUAGAGGUUAGCCAAAACGCGAGGUGUGCAUCCGCGAGUGUGCAUCCAAGUGUGCUGGUGUGUGCGAGUGUCCGGAGCGGAAUAACCUAUCGGGUGACUUGGCAAGGGUGCGAGAGAGGAAGGAUGCGCGUCGCGAGCCCGUCGUCGUCGUCAGUACUGGUGCUGCUGGCAGUGCGAAGGUCGUGAGCGUGGUGCCGCCGGGGUUUUAACAUUGGCCGAAUCGUAAUGCAAUCGAUCUACUGGACCGGUCGGCUGCUGUCGCGAGCGCUCUGGAACAGCAUCGCGAGCUACUCCGCCGGCGGCGCCGAGCAGCAAGCAAACGCGGGCUUCGUCGCGAGCAAGCGCCGCGAGGCCUCCUUCGUCUCCGCUGUAUGCGGCUUCCCGAAGGACUUCAAGCGCGGCCGAAUGCGCAGAGGUCAAUUCGGCGACGACGCCUGGUUCAACGCCAAAUUCAAGGCUGGCGAAGUCAUAGGCGUAGCUGAUGGCGUGGGAGGGUGGCGACACUACGGAAUCGAUCCGGGAGAGUUUUCUAGUUGCUUGAUGAAAACUUGCGAGAGGCUAGUUUCUAUGGACAAAUUCGCACCUACAGAACCAGCCGGCUUAUUAGCACGUAGUUACUACGAAUUAUUAGAAAGUAAACAAUCAAUAUUAGGUAGCAGCACUGCAUGCGUUAUAGUUCUCAAUAAAGAGACAAGCAGCAUUUACACAGCCAAUAUAGGAGAUAGUGGCUUUGUAGUCGUGCGAAGGGGGGAAGUGGUGCAUCGCUCGUCCGAGCAGCAACAUUACUUCAACACUCCCUUCCAAUUAUCGCUACCACCUCCGGGACACUCUCGCCUGGUGCUUAGCGACAGUCCAGAAUCGGCCGACACUUCAAGUUUCGGCGUCGAGGAUGGCGAUGUGAUCCUCUUAGCGACCGACGGGGUAUUUGACAAUGUGCCUGACCAGCUGCUAGUCACCGAAAUGCGAAAGAUCGAGGGUGAAAGGGACCCGACGAAAAUACAGAACGUCGCUAACUCGAUAGCCUUGAUGGCGCGCAGGUUGGCCUUCGACGGCGACUUCAUGUCUCCGUUUGCUCAAAGUGCUCAGAAGAAUGGGAUCGACGCGAUAGGUGGUAAACCGGACGACAUCACGGUGCUUUUAGCAACAGUGGCAAUAUGAUAAAACAAUAAAGAACGAGUGUACAAUAGAGCCCCGACGAUCAUUGUAUUAUAGUCCAUGUCAUUGCGCACGUGUAUUCAGUUAUACAUCGUUACUAUCCUAUUGCGCUUUAAUCAUUUAUUAUUUAAAUCGAAAUAAAUGGUUUUGUAAAAUCA